AUGUCAAAAAAUAAUCGUACAUCGAGUAAUAAACGAAAUGAACUACCUUCAACUACAUCGUCGAUAUCACAAUCAAUUGCAAAUCAAUUAACUGGUGCAGGCGAUUGUAAGUUUUCAAUUUAUUAUCCUUUUAGUAUAUGAGG